CAAUUAUAAUAUAAUUCCCUUCUCGUUUGCGUUCUGGUUCGUCAUUGUCCUUAUUCUUCUUGCUGACCGUGGAUCGCUCUGCUUGUAGCAUGCCCCCCCUCCCGGUGCCGCCGAGACAAUGCCAGGAGAUUUGGCUCCUCCUAGGAAGUCUCAUGUCUUUGAUCGCCUUCAGACGACCCCGAAGGACAUGUCGGAGGGUAUCCGGACUCCCAAGCGCCAACAUUCCUCUCGAUUCGAUAUCUCCGACCAACGCCAGAGGGAAUUAGAGAAGCUCCCCGGCUUCCACGAAGUGCCCCCGAACCGUCGCCAAGAACUCUUCAUGCAGAAGAUCGAUCAAUGCAAUAUCAUAUUCGAUUUCAAUGACCCUACGGCGGACAUGAAGUCCAAGGAGAUCAAGAGACUGGCUCUCCACGAGCUCCUGGAUUAUAUUGCCAACAACCGUUCGGUCAUCACAGAGCCCAUGUAUCCUCGCGUGGUUGAGAUGUUCGCAAAGAACCUGUUUCGACCUAUUCCACCCCCAAUCACGCCCCAGGGCGAGGCAUUCGACCCGGAGGAGGACGAACCGGUUUUGGAAGUCGCUUGGCCCCAUAUUCAGGUCGUUUACGAGUUUUUCUUGCGGUUUAUCGAAAGUCAGGACUUCAAUACAAACAUCGCAAAGGCUUACAUCGACCAUCAUUUUGUGCUUCAGUUGCUAGAGCUGUUUGACUCCGAAGACCCGCGGGAGCGCGAUUUCUUGAAGACCACCCUUCAUCGCAUUUACGGAAAGUUCUUAAAUUUACGCUCAUAUAUUCGACGAUCUAUCAACAACGUCUUUUUCCAAUUCACCUACGAGACCGAGCGAUUCAACGGUAUUGCCGAGUUGUUGGAAAUCCUGGGUUCCAUUAUCAACGGCUUUGCUCUCCCGCUGAAGGAAGAGCACAAAUUGUUCUUGACUCGAGUUUUGCUUCCGAUGCACAAAGUCAAGAGCCUCAGCAUGUAUCACCCACAGCUGGCUUACUGUAUUGUCCAGUUCCUCGAAAAGGACUCAACGUUAACAGAAGAUGUGAGUUGCCUUUUUUUUUUUUUAGGAUAUUCCUUCGUACCAUUUUCUAACCGCUUUCAGGUGGUCCUCGGUUUGCUGCGAUACUGGCCUAAGACAAACAGCACCAAGGAGGUCAUGUACCUCAACGAAGUGGAAGACAUCUUUGAGGUGAUGGACCCGGCUGAAUUCGCUAAAGUUCAAGAGCCGCUCUUCCAACAACUGGCCAAGUCGGUUGCAAGCCCUCAUUUCCAGGUCGCCGAGCGUGCGCUCUACUUCUGGAACAAUGAAUAUUUCUGCAACUUGGUCAGCGAUAAUGUUGAGGUCAUUCUGCCAAUCAUGUUCCCUCCUUUGUUCGAGAAUUCCAAGGGCCACUGGAAUAGGACCAUCCAUAGCAUGGUUUAUAACGCGAUGAAGAUGUUCAUGGAGAUUAACCCUCAACUCUUUGACGAGUGCUCGCACGAAUACAACGAAAGGCAGAAUAGCGCCGACCUGCGCGAAAAGGCCCGACAGAGCCGAUGGGAGAAGGUUGCUGAGCGAGCUGCAGCACGCCAGAACGGCGCCCCCUUGCCACCCUCCACGUCGACGGCUGAAAUUCCCCUGCAGCUGGACGACAUUGAUGCUCUCACUCAGGAAAGCCAGAAUAAACUACAUUCUCUGAAACUGGAUGAGCCUAGUCCUGCAAAGGAUCGAAGGCCUCGAGAGGGCUCUAUCACUUCGGUAAGUGCUGAGCAUGUUUAAUCGCGGGCUAAGUCAUGACGAUGAGAUCUGCAUCCCCUACGCGGAAAAUUUUGAAUUGUUUUCCUUUUUUGUUAUUAUCUGCUAAGCGUUUUUCGUUUUAUGCACAGAAAGCGUGAUUCUAACCUUGGAACGUCCUCUAU